GUACGAUACCAAAGAAAGGGUCCGUUCCUGUUGUAAACUACUCGGAAAGAAUCAAGUGGUGUAAAAAUGAACAAAGUCAUGUGAAAUCUUUGAGAUGGACCCCCUCAGGCUCCAAAAUGUUCGUCUUAAAGUUCUUGGCCUGUCUAUUUCUUAUAGUUGUUGGAAGAGCUUCUGUCCCAGAAAACUUCAUUCUAGAUGUUUCAAAAUCUUGUGGUGAAAAGACGGCAGACGGCAGCUACUAUUCUGGAACUGGAGCAAACGUGACCAUCAAGUCUGAUCUCCAUGUCCGAGCUAAGGUCCACUGUGCUAAUAGCAAAAUCGUACAAAUUAAUCCCAUCAACGACACCAAUACUGAAACCACUCUCAAGCUGUGUUACACAAACGAUACUACCACUUGCGCAGUAGCAGAUGAUUGCUACUUCAAUACACCCGCCGUUGGAUCGAAUUUCUACUCAGUCGAGUUGGAGGUCUAUUGGGGAUUUGACAACGGCACACUGAUGAAUGAAUACGAAACGUAUACAAUAUCCUGUAUCUCUGAAGGAAACAAAACUGAAACGAUGAGUAACAAAGCAGUUGAGGAUGAUUUCGUCCCUUUAACUGGUAACCUCGUAGGAAAUUUGGGCGGUAACUAUGCAGAAGGCUCUUCAUUAAAAUUGAUAGACGUUUUAGGCAAUGAGAUCACAGGUGCUUUACCAAUGGAAAAGAAAGUUCAUUUAAGAAUAGAAACCACCAGUUCCGAAUAUUCAGGCGUAAUACCAUACAACUGUAACGCUAAGAGCAAAGAUGGAAAUACGAUAUAUUCAAUUCUCCAAGCAGGAUGUGGCGAAGGUGUUAUAUUUCCCAAAUCUGUAGGAUUUACCACAAAGGGACAAAUGUCAACAAGUCCGUUUUUUAAGGUUUUUCGAUUGAUGGAAGAUGGAUCAGAUAUAGGCAUUUCAUACGAAUGUUCUUUUGUAGUUUGUAAUAACACGUGCGAUGGGUCAUCUUGUUCAUUGAGAAGUAAGAGAUCAUCAGAGCCUUCAGGCAAGUAA